GAUCAGAGCUUGAUUCUGCAGGAGUAGCGUCAACAUGGCAUCCAAAAAGUCCUUACCCAUCAGCGGUACCAUCACUGUCACGGUCAUCGUGGUUGUCCUUGCUCCACCAGCACUGCUCGAUCAGACGGCCGAGUUCAAGGCCACAUUCUUGAAGAAGUGUGCAGAUUUUAAAGUGGACAAACAAACGUAAGUCUCUGUACACUCUCCAUUUAAGGAGGUCUCAUUAGGAAAGUUUGACGUAUUAACUUGUUUCAUUUGUCUUUCAGCUGCGAUUCUAAAUGGUACAUGUUUGAAAAAGCCUAUGUUGGGAAGAAAGAAACAGAUGUCACUGAAACGAGCUAUCAAGAACUCUUUGAUAAGACGCCCUUCACACAGCCAUGUGGCAAAGUAAGCAUCCUCCAUUACACAGCUUUCUCCUGUCAAUUCUAAUGUGUAUGUCCAACAAUAUCAUGUUUACUCUUUUGGGGUUAGAUAAUGUUGUGGAGUGGUUUAAACGGGCUGGCCAACAGGUUCACUAAGAACAGAGACGAUUUUUUCACCUUGGCGGACACUUUGCUGGGACAUGUGUUGGACGGACUGACAUGGUGUGGAAAAAAAGGCAGCAAGGGUGAGAUUCAUCAUUUACAGUCAGUCCAGAGUCUAAACAAUGAAAAUAUACUGAUGACAUACAAGCUUACUUUAUUGUGUGCCUAGCUUGAAAUAAUUGGAAAUUGUCAACGUUGUGACCCUUAGCACCAGGAAUAUUCACUGAUAUCUAUCAGUCAGUUGAAUAACUUUGUAGACUAUCACAGAGAUCGAGUGUAGCUUCACUUGUAAAACCUAAGAUGUAUAAAUAUGUAAUUGAUGUGUUUCUGUCUGCUUUUCUAGAAACCUUUACCAGCGGUUGCAGUACAAACAAGCCAAAUGCUGUCCUUUCAUUCUGGAUUAUGGCUUCUAUCAAGGUAAACCUCCAACAUUCACUAUCAUUCAGUCAGUGAUCCAUGCAACAGCACCUCAGUUCAUUGGAAGAUAAAACCAGCAGGCCUGGUCCUUUUUCAAAAAAGUCUUCGUUUGAACUCUAGUGGGCAACAUUGCACAUUUGAUUUUAACUGAUACACAGUGCUAACACAAGGGAGGUCUAACUUCAUGUACUGUAGUAAGUAAACUCAAACAGGGGUCUAUUUUUUAUUUCUCCAACUCUUAACUGUCAUGUUUUAACAUCUUUAGUUUGCACAAUACACCUGUGGUCGUGUCACGCUGAUGCUGGAUGGUGACCAAGACAAACCAUACGAUGAGAAUCGGUAAGCAGCAAUGCAACUGCAUAGUCAACUUUGACAACUUUAUUGAUGAUAUAUAUGCAAUCGUUCUACCUGUGCUGUACUAAUAAUACUGUACAAAUAUGGGCUUUUUGAUUGAAAGCUCGCAGAUAAUCACAGUAAACUGCAUGUAUUAACAAUGUGAGAUGCAUUGCAAUACAGGUAGACAAACUGCAUUCGUCUGUUUCUAGGUCAUUAUUUUCAACUUCCUCAUUUCUCGACAAUAGGUAAUGAAUUAAAGUUCAGGCAUGACAAUUACAGUGUGGAUGGACUUAAAGGUGGGGUACUCAGGAUCUGAGGAAGUGCCAGUUUUUGGGAGAAAUCUUGAAUGUAAACUCUACCCCUCCCAACCAGUUUUCCCCUCAGCUCCUCCUCUCCCCUCCCUCUCUGCUCCAGCAAGCCCCGCCCACAAGGCAUGACAGUGUGUGAUCAGUGACAUCUGAUGUAACAUUGUGAUGAAUUUGUGUUUUUUUUCUGGGAUUAACCAGAUUACUUUAUUUAUCCCUUUAUUUAUUUAUUGUGUUAGUAUAUUCGGCAAAUAUGAGCUCCCAAAUCUCCAGUCUCCCAGAGUGAAGAGCCUCAAGGUUAUUCUGGUUGUUACUAAGAUUGACGGGUAUGAUUUCACUCACUAAAUACAUUUAUAAUUUUGUUGUAUAAUACAUUAACUCAUACUAUAAAGUGUCAUCUCUUCAUGUCUUUGAUUAAGCCCUAAGUGCGCCCAUAAUUCCCUCAAGAACUUGAGCAACAUCCUAAAAGGAAAAAAGAUCAGCUACUCUUGCUUGGCACUGACUCGGUAAGUAAAGUGUCUAACAUAAUUGACUCUGUGCUCUUUUAUGCUGUUGAAAGACUUUCAUCUGUUUCAUCCUGAUUGUUUGUUUCUCACAGAAAGGACAUUGAGAAGUGCAUAAAAGAAAGAAAAGGAGCCUGCUGGUAAAAGCUGCUGCACUGAGUGUCACGCCACACUGUUGGAGAAGAAAUCCCUCAAUGCAGAAAGAUAAAUCAUUUAUCUUAAAUUUGUUUCAGCUUGUGUAAUGGAACAAUAAAAUAUCUGAGAAAAAA